AUGGUCGACCGAGUCGACCGAAUCGACCCAAUUGUUGACCAACCGGAUCCCGAUGAGAAAAAGCCUAAGGAGGCCGUUUCCCCAUCUUCUCAGGACCGAAUACUGGAUCGAAAAAUCGAGCGGCGAGCCCUUCCCGAGACUUUCUCGUCAAAUCUCGCCCGGAGGGACAUCGACGCCUUCAAGAGAAAUAUUUCGGACCUGUCGGCCAGGACUACGCUCAGUCGAAUCGCAGAGUCUUUGUGCAGUUUUGGCAGCUUGGACCUUUCCCGCUCGACUCUCGGCGUAACUACCGAUUCUAGGACUGACGACAAAGAUGGCCCAGAAAGUUCUGAUGACAACGAGAAACAUGACAAAAUUGAGGAAAGAACCUCCACCUUCAGUUCAAAUCCCCCAAAGUCACAACCCCACGUGGAGAGUAAGCUUCCGCAGCCGAUGGUUUCUCCAGCUCAGGUCGGCAUCGAGAUUGAAGACUACUCUUUGACUCUUCUAAAGCAUAAGCGAUUCCUUAACAAUCGGCCACUUGCGCGUUGUCUCGACAAUUACGAAGCACAGGAGGAUAGCGCAACAGUGACAAAGUUGGUGGAUGACAUGCAUGAUGUCACAAUAAACAGUCGCGGAGCUCAGGAAGCAAUGAACAAGGAUACUCUGUCUGAGAAACACGACGGUGUGGAACGAACUGAGCCCUUGAAGAGCACAACAGCCGAUGUUCUCACCCGGAAGGCGGGAGGCAAGCCGUCCAAGGAUGAGAAGCGGAACUCAGCAGAUGUCAGGAGGUUCUGGAAGCACGUUCGAACUUACCUGUGGAUUGACGAAGACGAGAUUGACGGGAAGGAGGUUGAGCCCUCACUCAAAGGAGGGGUUUUGGUCCUGUUAGAGGACGGAGAAGUGAUGCUUAACUCUCAGUACAUCGCCGAAUCCGACACAGACUUUGCUUUCCCGCCUGCACCUAACAGACCGGCUCCCCCCCCUCCUGUUACCAGAACAGCAGCUGCUCAACAGCUGUCUAUGCCAACUCACCCUAGAAAGCCUUUAACCCCCGGGCUGGACUACUUCCCCGAUGCGGACGACGAGUACCCCGACUGGAGUCAUCCCCCUCCAACAGCAACCGCUACCGCACGGUUCAGCACACUACUACCUGACCUUGACGAUCACCCCAACACCCAACACCCAACUGCUCCUCAUCCUCGCCCAUCGGCCUCCCGCCCCCCAACUCCCCCUCCUAAAUCCCACUCCCGCCAAUCCAGCACCGCCCACAGCAGCGGCAGCUAUAGCGGUCCCUGGGUGCGCCCGCCCACUUGGCGUUCCCCCAGCAUCGAGCGCACACCACCCGUGGUCCCCCUUAUCCCUUCCUCUCCACCCCUCCUCGCAACCCUCACCCCAAUCCCGACCCCAUGUAGCUCCCACCGAAACCAGCACCACAAACGCACCGUUACUCCGUACUGUCAUAGUCGUAAUCGGCAUCAGCGUUCCAGGACGUCUGUCACGUCGACGUCGGGAAGUGGGUCGGCGGUGAGUAUACCCGUUGAUGCGCUUGCAUCGGGGACGCCUGGUUCCGGUACGGGGGUUGUGUAUGGCCAUGGGAGUGGCACUGCGACGAGGCAGAGGGGUGCUCAUGCUGGGGAGGUGUCGAAUGGUUCGGUGGGCAGCACCACCGUCAUAGGCAUAGAGAGGGGCCAUACUCCUAGGUCAAGUACCGAGUUCAUGUCUCCCCAGGCAUCAUCAGGACUAUAUAUGGGAGGUGGAGGCGGUGGUGAAGAGAGGGGCAGGAGGCUGACGACAGUGGAGAAGCUGGAGGAGAUUGAUGCUUUUUUGGGGCCAGGGUCGGCUAAGGAGGGGGGGUUCUUUUAA